CCGUGAUUGUUGCAGAAUAGUUGCACGCUCACGUGUCUUCCGGUACACACAGGUCUCCAACGAUCGCAGCGUGACAGACAGAGAGACAGAGAGAGAGAGAAAGAGAUGGAUAAACAACACUGUCUUUUCAAACACUCAGAAAGCAAAAACAGAAAAUCAACAGACAGCAGUUAAACUGGGGAAUUUCCAUCUCAGAGCUCAAAAACAAGCAGCCAUUUCUCCGGCUCGCUCUCCUCUUUGUGGUUGAAAGUUCUGCCUAUUAAUGUCAUGUUAGUUUCGGGCUAUUGUUUUUGAAAAUGAAACUCUUUGCUACGGUUCUUUGAGUCUGAUUACAACCACAGAAGAAUUCACUCGUGCAGAGAGAGAGAGAGAGACACCCAACUUGACUUGAAAGCUUUUAAAAAUUAACUACGACCGAAAAAUCCUCACCAAGAUUCAGAAGAGUGAAGCAGAGAAUGACUGUAUAGCUGCGCAGCGAUGGCUGGAUUCAAUCUGCUGGUCCUUUCCAUCUCUUUCUGUGUGUUUCAGGCAGCUGCACAGAGUCACCAGGAAGGGGGCAGCUUGAAGUGUGUUUCUGAUUACAAAUCCACGCUGAGCUGUGCUUGGAACACGACAGGGAAGCUGAGAGAGUCUUCAUGCAGGCUUCACUUCACGUGGACCGUAAACAGACGACAGAGAAAGACACAGAAAAACGAAACAUGCGAGCUGCAAGAUUCACCCAGUGACCCUCGGAUGCAAAGCUGCAGUGUGAUAGCGGGCGGAAAUCAAGAGCGGCAAAUGUUCACGACCGUCACUGUGAUCACAAGCCGGGUGAAGUGUGGAAACUGCAGCCAGGAUGCAGCUAACAUUACAUUCAAACCAGUUGAAAACGUGAAAAUGCACCCUCCCUUCGCUCCUUCCAUUGUGGACAGCACCAACAUUACCUGGACUCUGAACCACAGUCUGAUCUCAGUGCACCUUCAGCAAAGAGAGUUUCAAAUCCGAUUCAAACGCAAAGAGAAAUCCUGGGAGGACUCCAGUGUGAUCUCCGAACUUCAAGGUCAGGAGUGGACCCGGCUCAACGAGAAGUUGCUGGACCGGGAUGCGGUGUACGAGACUCAGGUUCGAGUCAAAUCCCGAGAACAUGCAGGAGAGUGGAGCGAGUGGAGCCCAGUGACUGAGUGGAGAUCUGAAGUGGGAAAUAUGGCUGCUGGAGUAUUCAGAAAGCCUGACAGCCCUCUGCAGAUGGAGCUGCUGUUUGUGAUGAUCUGUUUUCCAGCCCUGGCUGUCUUCUUAAUCACCAUCUACAGCAGGAAAUGGAUUCACAGAGUCUCCUGUCUUAAUAUCCCAGAUCCGUCUAAAUAUUUCGCCCCCCUAAAUUCACAGCAUGGAGGAAAUUUCCAGAAGUGGCUCAGCCCCAUGUUCUCACCCGAGUCCUACACCGGAGACGAAUCCAACACCAAAAUCUCUCUGGUGGAAGUCUUCGAGGUGAAGGGCUCCUUCGAGAAGGAGUGCCCGGGAUCGGGGUGUCGAGAGUGGGGCAAGAAUUGCGAUUCCUCCUCCUCCUCCUCCUCCGGAGGCUUCUCCAACAUGGGCUACUUCUACUCCAAAUACCCCGGCUCCCUGGAGAUCGACUCCUGCCCGGUGUACUUCAGCUACGAACCCGCGGACCGGAACUCGGACACCAGCGUGGCGGAAUCCUACGAGCGGCUGGAAAACCUGGAGCAAGAUCCGGGGAAAAACUGGGAAAACCAGGAGAGCUUGGAUCCCGAUUCGGGAUUCGGACUGGAGAGCGGGUCCAGCGAGGAGAGCCCCGAUCUGAACGGGCCGCCCCAUGCCGUUUCCACCCCCCUCCCGUUUCCCAGCACCCUCCCGGCUAGUUGGUUUCUCCCACAUGGACAGUUCCCCUUCCCUGCUAUCGAUUUCACUGCUCUGGCCGCGGGGUCUUCCGGUCCACCAGGGGGUGCUCUUUUCAAUGCGUCUCCUUUGAAGAUCCCACCCACGGUGGUCGAUUACAUGUCCGUGAAGGAUCUUCAAAAUCUCAAUAAGCCGAUCUGAUAUAGCAGUGUGAUCCAGUCCUGGUUUCACUAGGAGUUUAAUAAUCAGACACACCUGAGCUUGUUAGCUAGACACACUGGGGGCUGAUCAAGCUGGUAGCAAUAAAACCUGGACUGGAUCACGCUGCUGUGCGAUAGGAGUCUGAUUCCCAUCCCUGAUCUCUCUGUCUAAAUAUCCCACAGUUCCCAGCAAUAUCCUGUAGCUCUCUUCACUAUAAAAUCAGCUACAAACCUCCUUCAACCAAAGUCUAUCUACAGGGCUGGGAAUCAGACUCCCGCUGCACAGCAGUGUGAUCCAGUCCUGGUUUCACUGGGAGUUUAAUAAUCAGACACACCUGAGCUUGUUAGCUAGACACACUGGGGGCUGAUCAAGCUGGUAGCAGUAAAACCUGGACUGGAUCACACUGCUGUGCGAUAGGAGUCUGGUUUCCAUUCAUUAUAGUGUUUUUACGGAACUUAUAAGCAAUUAAAAAUUCAGGUAAACGCUGACCAGUGAAAAUUGACUUUGAUAUUGUCCAGUAGCACCACCUAGCGACGCUUGCAGGAAAUGCAUGUGUGUAUAUAUACGAAAUAUGAUUAGAAAGAAUGACCAUUUUAUAAGCUAGUGCAAGUUUAUCUUCUGCUGCGUGAACGAAGAAAUUGUAACCGAAUCUGAAUGUUUGUGAAGCUGCUUUGAAAAAAAAAAAAAGAAAUAUUUUAAAAUUGUUCUUUUUUUCAUAUAUAUGUAUUUCAUUUUUGUGUUGUUGUUGUGUCUGUUUAUAUGAAUGAAAUUACUGUUUAAUAUUAAAGGCUUGAUUUCGUUCGUAAAACUGCUUAUUUCCUGUCAUCCAUGGUGACCUCAUAUGGGGACGGAGAAAAAACACAAAAACGAUCCUAAUCUUUAUAUACAGCAAAAGUUAACAACGCCCUGUAUAAGGAACUACGGCUCCCAGCAUGCCUCUGCACCCGCGGCAAUGGUGAGGCAUGCUGGGAGCUGUAGUUCUUUAUGCUGUGGUCUCGUAUCACAAGCGAUACAGACCUCUAUUACGAUACAUCAUGUACAGCUGUGGACAAAAGUUUAGCAGCAUCACCCUCUAUAUAGAAUGAACUGAUUCAGCUUCAUAGAGUCCAAUGAAAGCUGCUGAAUAAUGUUCCCUUGUUAACAUAUUGAAUUCCACCCCCUCUAUAUAGAAUGAACUCCCUCAGCUUCAUAGAGUCCAAUGAAAGCUGCUGAAUAAUGUUCCCUUGUUAACAUAUUGAAUUCCACCCCCUCUAUAUAGAAUGAACUGAUUCAGCUUCAUAGAGUCCAAUGAAAGCUGCUGAAUAAUGUUCCCUUGUUAACAUAUUGAAUUCCACACCCUCUAUAUAGAAUGAACUCCCUCAGCUUCAUAGAGUCCAAUGAAAGCUGCUGAAUAAUGUUCCCUUGUUAACAUAUUGAAUUCCACCCCCUCUAUAUAGAAUGAACUCCCUCAGCUUCAUAGAGUCCAAUGAAAGCUGCUGAAUAAUGUUCACUUCUUAACAUCCAUUGCAUCGUAAUAGAGGUCUGUAUCGCUUGUGAUACGAGCCCACAGCAUAAAGAACUACAGCUCCAUCUUUAAAAUCCAUUCUCUCACCUCUUAUUAGCUUUAUUAACAGUAUCGCUGGUCUCUCCCUUUAAAGGAGCGCUGACCAUCUUUAAAAUCCAUUCUCUCACCUCUUAUUAACAUCGGCACAAUUUCUGAUAUAGCAUAGCUCAUUGUAGUUAAAGAACUACAGCUCCCAGCAUGCCUCACCAUGGCCGCGGGUGCAGAGGCAUGCUGGGAGCUAUAGUCUUAGCCCAGCAAGUUCACAGCUGCAUAGGAGACACCUAUGGAAGACGCGGAUGUAGAAUCAUUAAGCGGGUUAUAAACAUGAUGUUAAAAUUAGGAGUAAUCUUGUGCUGCUGAUGUCAUGGAAUAGUUGCUAUCUGUAGCGGACAAAUAUGUAUGUUAUAAAAAUAUAUAUAUAUAUCUAUUAUACAUCUAGUUACCUGAUGUAACUAUCACUGUCACUGUUAUCUGCUGUAGUAUUGAAUUGUGUUUUGUCACACUUGUAGUCUGCUUGAACCAAAGUCAUUGUAUUUAUCUUGCUCUUAUUGUAUUACUUGUAUUGUAACACUUGAAAUGUAUUUGCUUACGAUUGUAAGUCGCCCUGGAUAAGGGCGUC